UAACGUCACGCGCAAGCGCACUGGACACAGCGGCGGCCAUGUUUUGGGAGUACAUUAGCAUUUUUGUAAGAUUUUGUUGUGUUUCAUGAAGAUUUCGCACAAGUUAUUCAAAUACAAAGGCUAUAGAGAGCUUUUCGCCAUCCUAUCUUGGGCCAAGUGGUCCUAAUGUGGCCAUGCCCUCUGUCAAGGUGGCAUUAUUCAAAAAUCCAGAAUAUGCUGGUUUAUUUGACGAACAUGACCCAGAGAAAUUAUACGCAGAUCUGCGUGAAAUAGGACAUGGCAGCUUUGGGGCUGUAUAUUAUGGCCGCAAUGUCAAGACCCAAGAGGUGGUGGCAAUCAAGAGAAUGUCAUAUAGUGGAAAACAAUCACAGGAAAAAUGGAAUGAUAUAGUCAAGGAAGUCAAAUUUUUAAAACAGUGUAACCAUAGAAAUACUAUAAGUUAUCUAGCAUGCCAUCUCAAGGAUCAUACAGCAUGGCUUGUAAUGGAAUAUUGUUUAGGGUCAGCAUCAGAUAUAUUGGAAGUUCAUAAAAAGCCUUUAAAAGAAUUAGAAAUUGCAGCAAUAUGUGCAGAUGCAAUAGAGGGUUUAAAGUAUCUUCACAGUCAUGAAAGAAUACAUAGGGAUGUUAAAGCUGGUAAUAUUUUGCUGACAGARGAUGGAACUGUCAAAUUAGCUGAUUUUGGAUCUGCAUCUUUGGCGUCACCAGCUAAUUCUUUUGUGGGCACUCCUUACUGGAUGGCCCCAGAAGUAAUAUUAGCUAUGGAUGAAGGUCAAUAUGAUGGCAAGGUUGAUAUAUGGUCAUUGGGAAUCACAAGUAUUGAAUUAGCUGAACGUAAACCUCCAUUAUUCAACAUGAAUGCCAUGAGUGCCCUGUAUCAUAUAGCACAGAAUGAUCCUCCCACACUGACCACCAGUGGCUGGAGUGAGGAUUUUGUUCACUUUGUACAGUCUUGUUUACAAAAGCAUCCCUUGGAUAGACCUAGUUCUGAACAGCUGGCUGAGCAUCGGUUUAUCACUGGACGAAGAUCAAAUGGCAUCAUCAAGGAUCUUAUCCAUAGAACAAAAGCAGCUGUACGAGCUCUUGACAAGAUGAACUAUCACAGGAUGAAGAAGAUGAUUAUGAGUGAUGUACCUGGUGAAAUCAAUGCCGAGGGUACCUCUGAUUCUGAUAGCAUCUCUCCAUAUCAGGACACAGAUGACAAAGAUCCACAGGUAAGGGUAAACCACUUGCAUUCUGGUCUGCAAUUUUGCUACAAACACCAUAGAAAAGCAUGCAUGUUGACCAGACUAGGAUUGUACCAAAGCUAGACUAGAAUGCAACACCUUUAGCUAUCUGUGAAAAGGCCUGUCAAAUUCARUGAUGUCUCAAUUGUCAUGGGAUAAUAAUCUUACAAAUCAUUCCAUACACUAAGGUACAUUAAUAUUGCCAAAUGUUGGCAAUAAAGGAAACCCAAUUAAGUGUGCAUUCAUGUAUCAUACUCAAAGCUGCAAUUAUUAACUGCUAGUU